AUGAGAUCGUCAAAGAGAUCUUUCUUGGAUUCUUGUGAUGCGCCAAAAGGUGUAUUGCCAUCAUCUCCUUUAGACAUGAUUGUUCGGAUUGCUUCUUUAGGUACAAUGCUGCUACAGAAGUAUUAUCUAUUUGCCACAAUGACUGUUAAGAGACGCAACCACGGACGCAACAAGAAGGGACGCGGACACGUCAAGCGUGUUCGUUGUGUUUCCACCGGAAAGGCCAUCCCCAAGGACAAGG